AUGCAGAUCACUCUGGAUGUGCUGGUGGAGAUGGGUCACCGUGAGCUGAAGGAGAUCGGCAUCAACGCCUACGGACACCGACACAAGAUCAUCAAAGGCGUGGAGAGGCUCAUCAGCGGGCCGCAGAGUGUGAACCCCUACCUGACUUUGAACACAGCCAACAGCGGGACGAUCCUGAUCGAUCUUGCUGCCGAUGAUAAAGAGUUUCAGUCGGUGGAGGAGGAGGUACGAGCUCACACUUACACAACUGUUUCUACCGAUGAUCAUAAAAAGACUUUGGCAAUGUGUCGGGUGUCGCGUUUUUUAGCAGCAAGCAGCACACGAAUUGGAAGACAAUGA